AUGGGAACGGACCUCUCCGGGCUGGAGCUUCACCCCGGACUGGAUUCCAACAUUCCACCUUUUUCCGAUGCGGGAGAAGGAAUGCAGACUGCGGCAACAAAUUCGAGUGAUGUUAUCGAAGGCAGCGAAACAGCAGCAGGAUGGGUGGGUCUAACUCAGGAAGGCUCAUCUGCGGGUUCAGCAGCAGCGGCGGAGGGGAAGCAGCGAGCUACAGGCACGGUCCCAACCGCUCUUUCCAACCAGCCGCUCCCCCCACGCUUCCCGCCUCAGGCGCCGUCCGUUAUGGAAGAGGUAAUCCGCGCAUGGGGCGCCGUGAGAACCGCCGCAGCAGGCGCCGCAGCUGCCGCUACAAGCGCGGUCAUCCGCGCUCCCGCCACUGCUGCCGCUGCUCCUCCGCGGAUCCCGCCUUCCGCAGCGCCUUCGCUCUCCGCCAUGGCGCCGCCCGACGUGCCUCCCGCGCUGAUCGCGGUGAUUGAAAAGGCUCUGCAGGAGGUGGCGAGGGGUGCGAAGGGAGAAGGGAGGGACGGAGGGACGGAGAGGCAGAGGGGGGGAAAAGGGGUGUUGCAGCUGCAGCGACUGGUGGCCGGGAUGUGCCGAUUGGAGGGGAUUCGCGUGGUGGGGGGGGGAGACGCAGAGGCGCGGAGUGCAGGCGGAAAGGACGAGGCGGAGACAAACGAGAGUGAGGGAGUGGGGAAGGGCGCGGAGGGAGGGAGUGAUGCAGGUGCAGUGGGGGCGGAGGAACGAGACGCAGCUGCUGCGGUGGUGGUGGCAACCCUUCUGGCCAUCAUGGGGUGCACGCACGAGGGGGGCGACGUGCAGGAGGCGGACGGCAGUGGCGAGAGCAGGGGCACGGAGCGGCGGAGGAAUGGCAAGGUGCCUGGGCCUGUCAUCAUGAUGUGUGCCGAGGCCGCUGUGCUGGCCGCCGCGCUGCUGCCGUGGCUGCCAUGCCAUGACUGCCGCCCGCCUGGGGUCACCGCCAGUGGAACAGUGAGUGAUGCGGCAGCGAGGGAAGCAGCAGCAGAGAGAGGAGAUGGCGAGGAGAGUGCCAAGACAGAGGCAGGCGCAGCGGCAGGGGCAGCUGGAUCGGGAACAGGUGCAAGGUGGGCAGCAGGGGCAGUGGUGGCAAGUGGGAGGUCCCCGCGCACGCGCGUGGCACGAGUGCUGGCCACGGCGCUCUCCUCCUGCACGCGCAACCGUGCCAUGUGCGCUGCCGCUCGCCUCACCUCCUCCCUCCUCGCCUCCCUCCGCAUCAUCCUCCUGGGCGGCGUGCGGGCCAAUGGGUCGCUGCCACCUGGUGCUGCCCUGCUGGAUGAAGCACCGUUGCCGGUGGAGCCGAAUGGGAGCAGCGCAAGGGAGGGUGCGGGCGAGGGUGGUGCUGCGCUGUAUGGUGCAGCUGAGGCUGCGUGGGAUGCUCGGCCUGUGCUGGCGGCGCUGCAGUCUCUGGCGUCUCACUCCGUGUCCGUGGGCGAGCUGCGCCAGUGGAUGGCGUCCGUUGUUGCUCUCACCGCCUCUCCCCCCGCUGCCAGCACCCCACCUGCCUCCAUUGCAUCAACAGGAACAGGGGCAGCCGGGAUGGCAGGGGGAGGAGGAGGCGGAGAGAAGGGGGUAAGAGGCGGAGCAGGAGGAGGGGAGUGGGUGAGGCAAGAGAGGGCGGGUGCGCUGCUGGAUGCGCUGCAGGGGGCGAUGGAGGGGGAGGAGGUGAGGGCGCCCGCAUACACCUUCGAGCUGGACGGCGAGAGCUCAGGGCUGCUGGGGCCCGGCGACAGCAAGUGGCCGUUCGGCAACGGGUAUGCGUUUGCGACGUGGAUCUACGUGGAGUCCUUCUACGACACCGAGAGCUCCGCUGUGGGCGCCGCUGCCAUGGCCGCCGCCAUCGCUGCCGCCGCCACCGCCAAGGUCGGCCGCACCUCUGCGGUCUCCGCUGCUGCAGCCGCGAGCGCACUGGCAGGGGAGGGGCUGAUGCACAUGCCGCGGCUGUACAGCUUCCUGACGGCAGAGAGCGAGGGCGUGGAGGCGUACUUCCACCGCGAGUACCUCAUUGUCGAGUCCUCCACGCACCGCGGCUCCAAGAGCACCUUCCACUUCUCGCACGCGUUUGAGGCGCAGCGCUGGUACUUCAUAGGGCUGGAGCACGUGUUCAAGCCGUCGCUGCUGGGCAAGGCGGAGUGCCACAUGCGGCUGUACGUGGACGGGCGCCUCACAGAGUCCCUCCCGCUCGACCUCCCGCGCAUCUCCCGCCCGCUCGGCUUCCUGUGCAUCGGCACCAACCCGCCCGCCGCCAUGGCGGGGCUGCAGCGGCGGCGCAAGCAGUGCCCGCUGUUUGCGGAGGUGGGGCCCGUGUACAUCUUCAAGGAGCCCAUCGGCGCCGAGCGCAUGAUGCGCCUCGCCGCGCGCGGCGGGGACCACCUGCCGUGCUUUGGCGCGGGGGCGGGCGUGCCGGCGCUGGUGAGCAGCGACCAGCUCAUGCUGGCAGCCGAUGAUGCAUACAGCCUCGACUCCGACCUCGCCCCCCGCCUGCACCUGCUCUACCACCCGCGCCUCCUGCUCGGUCGAUUCUGUCCGGACGCCUCCCCUGCCAGUGCUGCCGGGGUGCACAGGCGGCCGGCUGAAGUGCUGGGGCAUGUGCAUGUGGCGGCCAGGCACCGAGUGCCGGAGGCCAUCUGGCAGGCGGGGCAGGGGGGGGCCGCUGGCGCUGCUCACUCUCGCCAUUCACGCCUGGCUGCAGCGACGCUGCUGCCGCGUGUGCUGGGGCUGGUGGGGCGGGCGAUGCGGCACGGCAUGAACAGGGAGGAGAUCAGGGGAGGGGCUCCCGCCAUGCUGGCGCUCAUGCUCGCAUAUGGGCUCAGUACGUGCGCCCAAGGGGGGGUGGCGGGUGGUGCUGGGGCGGGGGGUGGUAACAGUGCGGACAAGGAGGUGAGUGAGCAGCAGGGUGCAGCGGUGGCGGUGCGUGGCACGGAUGAGGAUGACCCGCCGUACGACAACCAGCUGGCGGCGGCAGCUGCAGCACUCACCAUGGCACCACGCUUCGGUGACCCGUUAAAGCCGCACCUCUUCCUGCACCUGCUGCUGCACCUGCCCCUGUGGGCGUCGUGCCCCCUGGCUGUGCAGCAGCAGGUGCUGUCGUCGCUGGCCGCCGUUGCAGUGCGCGAGCAGCACACGCUGAGAGCAGCAGGCGCGCUGCCCGUGCUGCUGGAUGGGUGCCGGCGCUGCUACUGGGUGCAGCUGGAAGCCAUGUCCCUGCCCCUCGGCCCCGCCUCCUCUCGCUCUGCCACUCCGUUGUCAAUGAAGAGCCCGGGGGCACAAGAGACUGGAGGAGCAGAGGAGGAGGGGGAGGUGGUGGCGGGGCAGCAUGCGCGGAUGGGCGAGGUGAAUGCGCUGGUGGAUGCCGUGAUGGGCGUGCUGGAGCUGCUGCUCGCCACCAGCUCUGCCCCCGCCAUGGCGGCUGACAUGCGCACACUCGUUGCCUUCCUGCUCGACUGCCCACACCCCAACCAGGUGGUGCGAGUGCUGCUGCUGGUGUACCGCCUCCUAUCCCACCCCAACGCCGCGAGAGCAGCCGGCUUCUCCGUGCAGUUCCUGGCAGCGGGCGGCGCCCACAUGCUGCUGGCGCUGCUGCUAAGGGAGAGCCAGUGGGGCGACGCGUGUCCCCUGCUCUUCCCCCCCGUGCCUUGUAAGGCCCAGGCGGCCCGUGUGAAGGAGGUGGUGGGGGAAGAGAAGGGCGAUGGUGGGGUGACGGUUGGAGGAGUGAAGGGUAAGGAUGGAGGUGUGGCGGAGGACGCGGCCAGCAGUAGUGUGGAGGGCAGUGCAGGCACCGGGGGCGACGGUGCUGAUAGUGCUGCUGUGGAGGGUGGAGAUUCCACAGACAAGGAAGAGGCAGAAGCGAAAGCAGCGGAUCGGCAGACAGCAGCUGCUGGCAGCAGCGGCGAGGAGGGGGCGAAGGAGACACGAGCAGGGGGGACGGACGGGGAGGCAGCAGAGGAGGCGAAGGAGGAGAGGGAGGAGCGGAUCCCUGAGCCGCGAACGGGGGUGGACGUGGCUGGUGAGAUCCUGAGGAAGCUUCAGCAGCGAGGGCUGUUCCAAGCGUCGCACAUGAGCAUUCUCGCCCCGGGACCCGCCGGGAACAGCGUCACAGUGGCCCCCUCUGUGUGCAUCCGGCAGCCCUUGGGCAGCAGCAGAGCAGCAGGCGCCAAGGGCUCUCACGGGCUCUCAGGGGAUGUGAUGGUGGCAGCAGCCGCGCUCUCCCUCUCUGGCAGUGGCACGCGCACUGGCAGUGGGCGCCGCCUCGCCUCCUCCGCUUAUGGCGAGCAGUCCUUGCUCGCACCGAAGUCAAACGACUUCCCCCUCACGGACGGCCCAGAUGGGAUCUUCCUCGCAGUGGUGUCGAUCCUAGGGCUGUUAGCGGAGGGAGGGUACAUUCGGCUCAGCAGCCCGGCUGUGCUGGGGCUGGUGCCGGGGGGGGCGGGAGCAGGGCUGGGGUCGGUGGUGGCGGAUAGAGGGGUGGGGGAGCGCAAUAACGUGGGGGCGUGGGCGGUGUACGGCGUGCAGAGGGCGCUGCAGCUGGCGCCUGACAGGCUGCUCACGCCUGCCGUGUACCAUGCCAUCAUGACCGCCGUGCUGCGCUGCGAGUCAUCCACAUCAGCGCAAGCAGCUGCCAGCACCACCAACGCCAGUGCGGGCGAGGCUGCCACAGCAGCAGCAGGGCGGAGGGUGCUCCCACCCGACACGGACGUGCUGCUGCUGGUGUCGCUGAGUGGCAGCAACCGCCGCCAGCUGUCAUGCCUGCCAGAGUGGCCCGAGUGGCUUCUCGAGAUCCUGCUGGACAACCUCGAGCUGCACCAUCCGUCCCUUGCACUCCCUUCUUGCCCGUCUCCCAUCUUCCCUUUUCCCUCAUCUACUUGUCUCCCAUCUUCCCUUUUCCCUCAUCUACUUGUCUCCCAUCUUCCCUUUUCCCUCAUCUACUUGUCUCCCAUCUUCCCUUUUCCCUCAUCUACUUGUCUCCCAUCUUCCCUUUUCCCUCAUCUACUUCGACUGCCUGCUGGCGCCUGCUCCAUCAGCAGCACUGAAGCUGCCUCUGCUGCGCACGGGAAGCAGCACGCGGCAGGGCAAGGCAAUGAGACACCCACGGCCGCUGCAAGUGGCACGGCAGGGGGAGGGGAGGGCGGGGAGGGGCGUGUGGAGGAGGCAGGUGCAGGUGGUGAUGGUGAUGGCAGUGGCGGGGCGGUUGACGAUAGUGGUGGUAGCAGAGGAGGGGGGUUGAGAGAGGAGCAGCGGGAGCGCGUGGAUGUGAACGAGAUGAUCUUCUCCUUCCUGGGCACCGUGCUCCAACACUGCAUGACGUUCAAGCAUGGCUGGAAGGUGACCCGCCUGUGCGCUGCAGUCUACCCAUAUUCUAACCUCUCUCUCCGCAUUCCCGUUUUCCCAUCAUGCCAUCAUGCCACCAUGCCAUCAUGCCAUCAUGCCACCAUGCCAUCAUGCCAUCAUGCCAUCAUGCCACCAUGCCAUCAUGCCACCAUGCCACCAUGCCAUCAUGCCAUCAUGCCACCAUGCCACCAUGCCAUCAUGCCAUCAUGCCACCAUGCCACCAUGCCAUCAUGCCACCAUGCCAUCAUGCCAUCAUGCCACCAUGCCACCAUGCCAUCAUGCCAUCAUGCCAUCAUGCCACCAUGCCAUCAUGCCACCAUGCCAUCAUGCCACCAUGCCAUCAUGCCACCAUGCCACCACGCCAUCAUGCCAUCAUGCCACCAUGCCAUCAUGCCACCAUGCCACCAUGCCACCAUGCCAUCAUGCCACCAUGCCAUCAUGCCAUCAUGCCACCAUGCCACCAUGCCACCAUGCCAUCAUGCCAUCAUGCCAUCAUGCCACCAUGCCAUCAUGCCAUCAUGCCACCAUGCCACCAUGCCAUCAUGCCAUCAUGCCACCAUGCCAUCAUGCCACCAUGCCAUCAUGCCAUCAUGCCACCAUGCCACCAUGCCAUCAUGCCAUCAUGCCAUCAUGCCACCAUGCCAUCAUGCCACCAUGCCAUCAUGCCAUCAUGCCACCAUGCCACCAUGCCAUCAUGCCACCAUGCCAUCAUGCUAUCAUGCCACCAUGCCACCAUGCCAUCAUGACAUCAUGCCAUCAUGCCACCAUGCCACCAUGCCAUCAUGCCAUCAUGCCAUCAUGCCAUCAUGCCACCAUGCCACCAUGCCAUCAUGCCAUCAUGCCACCAUGCCAUCAUGCCACCAUGCCAUCAUGCCAUCAUGCCACCAUGCCACCAUGCCAUCAUGCCAUCAUGCCACCAUGCCACCAUGCCACCAUGCCAUCAUGCCAUCAUGCCACCAUGCCACCAUGCCAUCAUGCCAUCAUGCCACCAUGCCAUCAUGCCACCAUGCCAUCAUGCCAUCAUGGCAUGUGCAGGAGCUAGAGGCCACAUUCCAUUGCCUUGAGUGGAUGGCUCUCAUUGGUGGAUCCAGCAUCGGCCCCGAGCGAGUCAAGCGAGAGGAGGGCAUGGCAACGGUGAAGCGGCGCCUGCUGCAUGGCGUCAUGGACUUCACUGCCGCCCACCUGCGCCUGCAGCCCCUGCCCCAUCGCCCACCCCUUAUCCUGCCCACCCACACCACCACCGCCAAGCAGGCUCAAGUGGAGGCCACAGCAGCAGCGGCAGCAGCGGCAGCAGCGGCAGCAGCAGAGGCAGCAGCGCUGGCAUCGCCUCUCCCCAUAGACAUCCCCAUCUCGCCCACGCCCACCUCCCCACACGCGCGCGCUCCCGACCCGCUGCUCACGUCGCCCACGUCGGCAUGGCUGCUGGAGAACGCGGUGGCGCUGCUGAUGCUGCUCGAGGACUUCCUGCGCUUCCACGCCGCCGCCCGCAUCGCCCCUCGCCCUGCCCACCGCACGACGGCCACAGCAGCGGCGGCGGCAGCAGCAGGGUUGAUGCCGCUGGCGGCGCAGCUGUCCAAUCCGUUGCUCUCCGCAGGCUCCUCCUCGCGGCGCCGCAGCCCCACUGAUCUGCUCACUCUCGAGAUGCUCACGCUCAUGGCGGAUAAUGCGGGCCAGCUCACUGCCCCCAUGCUGGACCGCAUAACUGCCUCCACCAGUGCAGAGCCCUUUGAGGGCGUGCGCUGCGCCCUGCCGACUUACGGGUCUAUUUCCCAGGAGUUACCCCUCAGUUGGGGGCACAGGAGCAAGCUGUGGUAUGGCGUGGCGGUGCCGCCCGAGGGGAAGGGGGGACCGGGGUGGGGCGGCGGGCGGGCGGCGUGGGCGGCAGCAGUGGAGAUUGACCCGGUGACGGGGCGGUGGCAGGACCUGCCUCUUGUGGUGAAGGCUGUGAGCAUGCUGCGAUCCAUGCUGCUGGACGAAGGGAAGGUGGGGCAGGGGGGGCGAGAAGCAGGGGGGAAAGGGAGGUGCAGGGGCGGCGGAAGGGGUGUUGGCGGUGGUGGGGGGGAUAGCGAACAUGCUGGGAGGGGGGAGUGCGGGGGGCGUGUUGAACCGCGCGAGGGGGGGGACGGGGCAGCACCACAUGCAAAGGAGGGGCGAGUAGAUGGGGCGGGCGGGGGAGGGAUGGCGUGGGAGCGAGGUGAGAUGGAGGGCAUCUCUCCUGGCGUUCUCAGCUCGCUGCUCUGGCGGUACGUGCACGGCAGCCAUGACAUGCGCAUGCUCAUCUCUUGA